GAAACAUCGGAAGGUUUCGACGACGUUGGUAUGAAAUGGCAGAAACUGCCUGGGUCGCGGAAGCACUGAGACUAGGUUGCGUAGAAGCUACACAUGUAUUUUGCUGUGUUCCCAGCCUGCUAGUGUGACGAAACGGGAGUGUAACCGGAGGGAAGAAAGGGAUUAAAGCGCUGUUUUCCUCGUAAACACCGUCCAGCUUGUGUCUCCGGCAGCAGGCAGCGAGUGGCGACUGCGGGGUCGACACUGUUGGAAUUAACCAGAGAGGGGUCUUGAGAGGCGAGCUCCAUUUGGAUGCCCAGUCACCGAUUUUGUCCAAGACUUCACCAUGAACCGAAACAAGCGUGAAAGGGAGUACUACAGUAUAGAUGUGGGCGAUUCAACUUUUACAGUUUUAAAGCGCUACCAGAACCUAAGACCCAUUGGAUCCGGAGCACAGGGAAUUGUUUGUUCGGCGUACGACCACAACUUGGAGAGGAACGUUGCCAUCAAGAAGUUGAGCCGACCCUUUCAGAAUCAAACUCAUGCAAAACGGGCCUACAGGGAACUGGUGCUAAUGAAAUGUGUCAACCACAAGAAUAUUAUCGGGCUGUUAAAUGUAUUCACACCACAGAAGACACUGGAGGAAUUCCAAGAUGUGUAUCUAGUAAUGGAACUGAUGGAUGCCAACCUCUGUCAGGUGAUUCAGAUGGAGCUGGACCACGAGAGGCUGUCGUACCUGCUCUACCAGAUGUUAUGUGGAAUCAAACAUCUGCACGCCGCAGGGAUCAUACACAGGGACCUGAAACCCAGCAACAUCGUGGUAAAGUCCGACUGCACACUGAAGAUUCUGGACUUUGGUUUGGCCCGGACGGCCGCCACUGGUCUCCUCAUGACGCCCUACGUGGUGACGCGUUACUACCGCGCCCCUGAAGUCAUCCUGGGAAUGGGCUACCAGGCCAACGUUGAUGUCUGGUCUGUUGGCUGUAUCAUGGCUGAAAUGGUCCGGGGUAGUGUGUUGUUUCCAGGCACUGAUCAUAUUGACCAGUGGAACAAGGUGAUCGAGCAGCUGGGGACACCAUCUCAGGAGUUCCUGAUGAAGCUCAACCAGUCCGUGAGGACCUAUGUGGAGAACCGGCCACGGUAUGCUGGCUACAGCUUCGAGAAGCUCUUCCCUGAUGUCCUGUUUCCUGCAGACUCUGAGCACAAUAAACUGAAAGCGAGCCAAGCCCGUGACCUCCUAUCAAAGAUGCUGGUAAUAGAUGCAUCAAAGCGGAUCUCAGUGGAUGAGGCUCUCCAGCACCCCUAUAUCAACGUGUGGUACGACCCAACUGAGGUGGAGGCACCACCACCGGUGAUCACAGACAAGCAGCUGGAUGAGCGGGAGCACACAGUGGAGGAAUGGAAAGAGUUGAUAUAUAAAGAAGUGCUAGACUGGGAAGAAAGGACGAAGAAUGGCGUCAUCAGGGGACAGCCGGCGUCCAUAGGUGCAGCAGUGAGCAGCAGCCCCCAGCAGCACCACCAGCACCAUCCCUCCACUUCUUCCUCCACCUCCGCCAACGAUGUCUCCUCAAUGUCCACCGACCCGACCCUGACCGACACCGACAGCAGCCUGGAGACGGCGGGCCCUGCCGCCGCCGCUGCUACAGCCUCCGGCCCAAUGGGCUGCUGCAGAUGACUAUCGCCUACACCUGGUUCUGGGCUGGGCCACACCACCUGGUCACAUCCAAGACCAUCAGCCCGACACCGGCCCCUAGACCCACCCGCUGUGUUUGCCUCCCCUCCGUGCUCGUCUUCAGUAGUGUAGCUUUAACUAGCUAGCUGUUUGAAACAUUUCUGAAAGGACAGAUCUUUUUCUUUUUUAAUGAAAGCUGUAGUCUUUUUCUUUUCUUUUCUUUUCUUUUCUUUUUUUUUUAAAAAAAAAACAACAUUAGGAUUUCUUUUCAGUUGAGUCCUAGCUGUAAUUUAUUGUGGAAUUUCUUAAUUUUUUUCAGAAACCUGAGAUGAUCAGAGAAUUUUUAUCAUUUCACUAUAUUCCGGUUUGUAUGAGCCAACAGUGAAAAUUUAAAGAAAUAUCUGUAAAAUGUUUCAAUGUGAUUUUUUUUUUUCCACUUGUUAAGCUACUGCUUUUACAAUUUGCCAUAUACAUGUAGAUUGAGUUUGUACAGAUUUUAUUGUAGAUGUAGUUUUACUCUUCGAUACAAGUUUGCAGUGAGCCAUUGAAAACCUAAUUUAAUUGACAAACUUCGUCUUAGCACUCCCCCCGUUUCUAUUCUCUCUCCCAUAAUGUGGAUAUUAGAUCAUAUGUAUAUCUUUUUAUUUGAACUCUUUUGAGUCAGUACUACAUUCUUCAUUGUAAAUUUUAACUUUAACGAAAGCUUUAUAAUCAACGUAUUUUUCCCAUCAUUUAAAAAUGCUGACAUUUUCUCACCAUGUGAUUGAUUUUUUUUUUUUUUUUUUUUAACCUCUUACUACAGGAUUGGUUAUGGCACAGUUAGGUCCUGCAGGAUAUCCUCUCGAUGACUGUCUUCUGUAUUAUUUUUAAGUGCUUUUAAAGUACCUCUUAUCUGCAGAUGGCUGUGCAACACGUUGGACGUAGAUAGGCGGAAUAGUUUCGGUAUCAAUUCAGGACUUCAGAAUGUUCUUCAUUGUGCUUCGGGAGGUUUUUGUAAGACGUAGAGUAGUUUGAGGUUGUGAAGUCGGCGAUGGCGUAAGUGGAAUGUGUUUCGGUCAAGUAGGGCGACGUGAUAUUUGAGAACGCAUGCGAACGUGUUGAUAUUUGGCAUCUCGGAGCGACAGCGGUUAGGUGUAAAAGGUGUGUGCCUCCUUACUCUCAGAUCCCGUUAUUAGUAAUGUGUUUUUGUUUUUAAUUUUCUAUUUUUUUUCGUAAUAAUCAGCGAACACUUUGCGAACUAGACUUGCCUGUAACUAUGGAUCAAACGAACUAUCUCUAUAUAACCUAGCAGCACAAAAACCAGAGUCAAAAGAAACAAAUUUUUUCUUACUGUAUGCAAUAAUAGCGUCCUGUUUUAAGUGUAUAUGAUUUUUGUGUUGAAAGGAAAAGUGCCUGUUGUUUGUCAUUCAUUCCUGAGUGCGUGUAGGAGGGAGCAUUUUAUCCGUCAGCUUCUGGAUAACAACAGUAGUUUCCAUGUCAGAGCGGUGACGUGCGAGGGGAGGUCGUAGUUCUCACGAGCGUGUUGUAUAUUUUUCUACUUGUUUUGGUUUUGGACUGUUGAGCAAGAGACUGCGGUGUCUUGCAGGAGAGGGUGGUGGUGACGUAUGCAUCGAGGUGCUUAUGCAUUUGUUGGAGUCAUUUCAGAAGAAGAGGCAGUUUUAUCAAGGUCUUUCAUCAAAGUAAAAAGAAGUGUUUCUUUGCAGUGACAGCAACCAACAUAUAGAAUAAUGACAAUUUUUAUACAUGUAAUUUUCUUUAAGUAGUUCAUUUAAUUUGUUGACUGAUGGACAGAAAAAUUAAGUGCUGCAUCAAACUAUAUGAGCAAACUCUGCGACUGAAUUCAUGCUAGUAUUUUAAAAAGCUUUGCAUAAAGUUUAAUAUUAGAAAGGCAGAUUGACACUAUAGUAGAAAAAAGGCAGAGCCAUGCUGCCACAUCCACAGCGCACAUAACACUUGUAUUAACUGAAAAAAAUGUCCUUGCCAUAUUGAAUCAGCUAGCCAUAUUAGCUUAUUUCCUGCAGCAAAUCUGCCUGCCACCAAAUGUUUGCAUAAUAUUUAUUUAUGUGAUGCGCUCUCACGUGGUUCGUGGAUGCUGACAGCAGAGGAGUCCAUGCUACAGUGCUAGGAUUGUCAAAUUGUGUAAGACAACACCGUCUGCAUCCUGUUGUUUUCAGGGGUGACGUUAUCUUUAGACUGUAGCAUACACUGUAGCUCCACUCAGGCAACUUCUCUGCCAGAUAUUUAACCAUUUAUUAACGGCAUGAUUUCUCAAAUAUUAACACCACUGAGGGCCUUGUCGGUGUCAGGUUCUGAAUUCGCACCCUAUUCAUAUGUUAUUGAUCUAUAACAACUAGUAACUUUACAUCUAGUGGUUUUUACUCAAUCAGGUUGAACCAUAAAAUAUGUCUAAAUAGCUGAAAAAUUAUCUGUAGUAAGAUUAAUGUAAACGCCUAAUAUUGCACCAGUCUGUGAUGGUUAAUGCUCGCUAAUAGAGUCCUAAGCUGGACAUAUUACAUAAGCCAGCUAGUUAUCCAAAAGCUUAUCAGAUCCAAACUUAUCAGAUCAACAGUCACACAUUAUUCAAAACAGAUUUUCCCAAAGGGUGGCAUGUUUUCUUUCCUGAGCUAGCAUGUAAUUUAUUAGCGAAACAACUGUUUGUAUGUUUGGGUUUGUUUGUUUUUUUUAAACACACGUCAUGUUACUAGCUUCGCUGGUGUCAUUUAGCUACACAGCCAAUAGUAUUUCAUAUAUCAGCAGACAAACAUGGCUAUCACUUAGCUGCACAGUUGUUAAUAUUUUACAUUUCAAAGCAAAAGCUGGCCCUAUCAGUGAGCUACAGGACAGUUAGCAUCCAAAAUGGCAGCCUGGUGUUAGCUUAAUAUCUGGUGUGUUAAGAGGCAAAUGUUAGCGUUUACACUGAGCUACAAUGUAUUAAAGUAUAAAAGAUGGACGCAGUCUCUGUGAUGACGUCUACAUAAAAACAGGAAAGUGUUUACUGAGGUCAGAGCAGAGUGCUGUUUCUCUGAGCUUUAUUUUUAAUAGCCGACUCGUGGCUAUUAAGUACAGCGUUAGCAGCUGUGGAGCUUCACCCAUACAGCACAAAAAAUCAACCUGCAGUCAUUUAGCUUCUAACUAAAUGUUGUAAACUAAAAAUAGCUUUUUUAAAAUGACACAGUUAGUGCAGAGAAGCAGUGGUAUGCAUCAAAUUGUCAUAUUAGCUGAAAAGAAAGAUGAUGUUCUGUAAAGUGCUCUUAAUUUUCUUAGCCCAUCGGUAGGAACAAAUAAUUGGAGUAUUUUCUUCUUCUGAGGUUGUUGUUGUUUUUGUCAUUAUUACAUCUCUCAACCACUUUCAUUCUGAUUCAAGUCAGCUUUGAUGAACUACCUCACGCUGAAUUUCUGCCUGUUCUUGCAUAUAGUCGCCUGCAGAAUUAGCUAUCGAAGACAUGUGAAUAACAGAUUCCAUUAUUUAUUUAUUUGAAAGUGUACUAUUUGUCGGUUUCAACAGACUUCUAGUUUUGUACAUUAUGUAUACUUCACCUAGAAGUAAGAGAAUUGUUAUAUGUAUAUUUUUUUUGUUGUUGUUUUCUUUUUGUUUUUGAACUAAAUGUGCAAUACCUUCAGCAAACUGUGCGAGUAGUAUGUGAUGGGCCUAGCCUUUGUUAGCUGUCUCCUGAAGGUAAAGAAAAUGUUUGGUACUGUCAAUCCAUGUUUUGAUUUUGUUUUUUUUGUUUUGUUUUUUUUAAUGAAUAAGAUCAGUUUUUAUUUCUGUGACUUGUUUAUAGUCAAAAUGUUACGUAUUUGGUCUUACCCGUCAAAAAACAAAGAAACAAACAAAGUCUUUCACCUGGAGUUUGAUGCAGAGACCGAAAGUUCUUUGACUCACACAUGGGUGACAGAUUUUUGAUUUGGGGACAUGCUUAGAAUAAUAUUGUUAAGAAACUCACACAAAAAAUGAGUCAAUACCUACGAGAAUUCAUUAUAUGUAUGGUGCUGGUUUGUAAUGUUUGCUAGUGAAUCCAGCCAUGCAAGUAGUUUUAAGAUUUCCUGGAUCUGCGACACCCAAAAAACCGCAACCCACAAAGAAGUGCACUACUAGAAUACAUGCAUUGGGAUCUGAUGAUGCCACCUCUUAAAAACUCAAAAACGGAAAAAAAAAUGAAAAAAAUAAAAUAUACUGCAAAUAAAACAAAUACACUUUGAUUCAUUCAUUGUAUGUCUGUGUCUGUGAAUAAAGACAAAUGCAGUUCUUAAGGGUACUCGCGGUAAAUCCCUGCAUUUAAAUCCUCCCAGAAGUAACUAAUACUAUCAACAGAAUAUGUAUAUUCGGUAUAAUCUUUAUUUAACUGUGAAAGUCAUUAAAGACACAUUUUGCCUGGAAAA